UCCUGGGAGAGAAAUAAAGAUUCAGGUGCUAAAUGCUGUGUCAGAGUAGGGGGAGGAGGGGAGAGGGGCUACUGCCCAGCUGAUGUCAGAUUUUCAAAUGAGCAGGGUCCCCUGCAGCCGGCCCACUCCACUGCAGGGCUGUCACAGGCCCAGACCACCCCAUUUGAGGGGGGGAGUCGGCCUUUGCCUCCGCUCCCUCCAGCUCCUCUGCGGAAGGCUUUAGCCUGGACUUGGGAAUGCCUGCAAUGGGGGAGGGGUAGGUAGUGAGACAGUAACGAGUAACGGUGAGGGUGCGCGCAGGGGCUGCUGGCGGCAGCCGUCUCCCCCACUGGCCAGGCAGUUGGUAUGCUCCAGGAUCUGAACAGCUCCUUCUAGCAUCCUUCAUCCUUCAGGUACCAGCCAUCAGGGCAGAUCUUGAGCUGCAGAAACUGACACCAGCCCUAGACGGACCUCUGUCUGGCCUGACCAUUCUCAGUGGCCUUCUGCUGCUGCCUCAGAUACUUUCAGCUGCAACGCCCGGCAGGGUGGGGCACCCAUCAGGCAGGAGGCUUUGACCCUACAGCCUAGGGCUGCCGCUGCCUGUCACCUCAGGUCAGUAGGGAGCAGCCUGCUUCUCUCCCACUGGGGCUCAAGGGGGUAGUUGGGGGGUAUCUGACUUCCUUACUAGGGUGGGGUUCUUUCUUUUCGAGAAUUUCAGAGCUGGGAACGCAGGUGACUUGAAGAGCUGAAAGGCCUUAUAUGAUUUGUAUGUUUAACAUCUGUGGCCCAGGCCAUGUGGGAAUUUAGGGAGCAUCUCAUCCCACCCUCUCAUUUCCUCAGCCACCCUUCAGGGAUGAGAAGGAUCACUGGAGGAGGGUGGGGAUAAAAGGAGACAAAAUAACGGGCACCUGACCCUAUCCCUGGAAAGGUUGGUGAGGACUGAGCAUGGAAGGGGCUUUCAGCUGAAACUGCACAGGGCCUCUUAUCUUCCUCUGAGCUGCCCCUCUCUCUCCGCAGGAUGAAAGGGGAGACCCCGGUGAACAGCACUAUGAGCAUUGGGCAAGCUCGCAAGAUGGUGGAACAGCUUAAGAUUGAAGCCAGUUUGUGCCGGAUAAAGGUAUCCAAGGCAGCAGCAGACUUGAUGACUUACUGUGAUGCCCAUGCCUGUGAGGAUCCUCUCAUCACCCCCGUGCCCACUUCGGAGAACCCCUUCCGGGAGAAGAAGUUCUUCUGUGCCCUCCUCUGAGCUGCCCUGUCCGUCCUCCUUCACCUUUCCCCUCUCCUGGGCCUUUCCCUAGGUUAGUCACUGUCCUGAGCCCCCUGAGGCUCCCUGCACCCCAUCCCUACCCCGUGCCCAACCCUGUGAAGCUAUCUGAAGCACAAGGCCCUCCUUCACCUCUCCGUCGAUCCCAUUUCCUCGCCUCCUGUGGCCGACCCCAAGCACCCGUGACUCGGGGCACCCUUUGCUUAACCCAACAGAAGGGCCCCGUCAGACUCUGCCAGCAUCCUGCCAACUUCCCUCCCGGAUCCGCUCAGACAAUGGCGAGAGGGAUGCUUGCUCUCAGUCUCACCUGGAG